AUGUCUGACUGCAGGAGAGAGUGGAACCGGGAGGAUGAGCUGCCGGUCUACCUGGCGGGACCGACCCCCACCGGGCAGAACCAUCGGAAAUCCUACGGCAUGUUCAGCUCCGUGGAGGGAGCGUUCGAGAGCAAGACCAUCGACUUCGAUAACUUGGCGGUGGGGAGGAGAGGGAGCCGCACCCCGAGGAGCGGCAGCCGGGAGAGGCUCCUGGACACCGGUGAUGAAGCCACCGGGAAGACGCCCGACAGCAACCAGGCCCAGGAGGGGUCCAGUGGCAACUCGCCCGGGGAGCGCGACGACUCACACCCCGGUGUCGAGGUCAGAUUCUCAACGGGGAAGGAAACCCCUGAUGGAAAGAGUGAGAAGCUGCUGAUCAAAGGAGGGCGGGUCGUCAACGAUGACCAGUCUUUCUAUGCAGACGUCUACAUUGAGGACGGGGUCAUCAAGCAGGUGGGGGAGAAUCUGGUGGUCCCGGGGGGAGUGGAGGUGAUCGAGGCGAACGGCCGCAUGGUGAUACCAGGGGGAAUAGAUGUCAACACCUGUCUGAUGAAGCCCUUCCUGGGCACCCAGCCUGUCGAUGGUUUCCUCCAAGGCACCAAGGCUGCACUUGCUGGAGGCACUACCAUGAUCAUUGACCAUGUGACCCCCCAGCCCGGGGACAGACUGCUGGAGGCGUUUGAGCGCUGGCAGGAGGCUGCGGAUAAGAAGGCCUGCUGUGACUACUCCCUGCACGUAGACAUCCCCCAGUGGAAUGAGACUGUCACAGAUGAGUUGGAGCUGCUGGUGCAAGAUAAAGGUGUCAACUCGUUCCAGGUGUACAUGGCUUAUAAGGGUCUGUACCAGAUGUCAGAUUCACAGCUCUACGAGGCGUUCUCCUUCCUGAAGCAGCUCGGUGCUGUGGUGUUAGUUCAUGCUGAGAACGGAGACCUGAUUGCUCAGGAACAGAGAAAAAUCCUCGGGAUGGGAAUCACUGGACCUGAAGGCCAUCCUCUGAGUCGUCCUGAAGAGCUGGAGGCCGAGGCAGUGUUCCGUGCCAUCACUCUUGGUAACCGCGUGAACUGUCCUGUCUACAUCACCAAGGUGAUGAGCAAGAGUGCAGCUGACACCAUCGCCCAGGCCAGGAGGAAAGGUUCUGUAGUUUUUGGCGAGCCGAUCACAGCCAGCCUGGCCACUGACGGUUCUCACUACUGGAGCAAGAAUUGGGCCAAAGCAGCAGCUUAUGUGACGUCUCCUCCUCUGAGUACUGAUCCCACAACUCCAGACCAUCUCCAAACACUGCUGGCUUGUGGGGACCUCCAGGUGGUGGGCAGUGCUCACUGCGCCUACAGCACGUCUCAGAAAGCCAUUGGUAAAGAUGACUUCACCCUCAUCCCCGAGGGAGUCAAUGGCGUGGAGGAGAGAAUGGUUGUUGUCUGGGACAAGGGUGUGGCCAUGGGGAAGAUGGACGAGAACCAGUUUGUGGCCGUCACAUCCACCAACGCGGCUAAAAUCUUCAACCUGUACCCACGUAAGGGCCGGAUAGCGGUGGGCUCCGACGCCGACAUCGUCAUCUGGGACCCUAACAGCACCAAAACCAUCUCAGCCAGAGUCCAGCAGUCGGCUUCAGAAUACAAUAUCUUUGAGGGUCUGGAGUGUCGUGGAGGUCCAGCGCUGGUGCUGAGUCAUGGUCGGGUGGUUUGUGAGGAUGGGAAGCUGCAGGCUCAGCAGGGCACCGGCCGUUUCAUCCCCUGCAAGCCCUUCUCGGACCAGGCUUACCAGCGCGUCAAGUUCAGGGACCAGGUGAAGGCGAAGCAGGGUGUUACUCGUGGGAUGUACGAUGGUCCUGUGCAUGAUGUCGUUCCUGCACCCAAAUAUAUCACUCCUUCUCCGUCAGCAAGAACAUCACCCACCUCGACCCACCCACCACCAGUACGCAAUCUCCACCAGUCCAACUUCAGCCUAUCAGGAUCUCAGCUUGAUGACAAAAUCCCACGUCGCUCCGGCCACCGUAUUAUGGUGCCCCCCGGUGGUCGCUCCAACAUCACCAACCUCUGUUGA